GUAGACUGACGUUAAAUGUCAUAACAAAAAUAUAACCUCACUUGCUGCACAAAAUACGAUUGUUUUCAGGAUAUAAAUAAUAAUUUUGGGCUAAUUUGUUAAUUAACAUGUCUGUUACAUUGCACACAGAUGUGGGAGACAUAAAAGUUGAAUUAUUUUGUGAGCAGUGUCCAAAGGCAUGUGAAAACUUCCUUGCAUUGUGUGCCAGUGAUUACUACAAUGGUUGUUUAUUUCAUAGAAAUAUUAAGGGGUUUAUAGUACAAACAGGAGAUCCUACAGGAACCGGCAAAGGAGGCACCUCAAUUUGGGGGAAAAAAUUUGAAGACGAGUUCAAGGAAGAGUUGAAGCACAAUGCCCGGGGAACAUUGAGUAUGGCGAACAAUGGGCCCAACACGAAUGGUAGUCAAUUCUUUUUCACCUAUGGUGAACAGCCUCAUUUGGAUCUCAAGUAUACAGUUUUUGGAAGGAUAAUAGAUGGUUUUGAAGCUCUGGACGAUUUAGAGAAAAUGCCAGUGAAUCCAAAAACAUUUCGACCACUCACAGAAGCAAAAAUCACAUCAGUUACUGUUCAUGCUAAUCCGAUGGCUGGAUAAUUGAGUAAAUAACAAUAUAAAUAUAUUAUUUUUUAUAAACAUA